UCAGCAGCCCCCGCCGGAGGCAUGGAGUGUCCUUCGUGCCAGCAUGUCUGCAAAGAGGAAGCCCCCAAGUUCUGCAGCCAGUGCGGACACAGACUGCCUCCUCCUGUGGCCCCCGUGGCAGAUCCCGGGCGCAGUGAUGCUGCAGCGGCCCCGGAGGGCGGCUUGGAGUGUGGGGAGGAGGCGAAGGAGGAAGGGAGCUCUUGCCUGUCCCCAGGCUCAGGUGAUUGUCAAGAAAGCCCAGACGAGCCCUGUUCCGAAGCCCCUUGGACUGUCCAGCAGGUGAGUGCGCCGCCCCGCCUCCCCGUUCCCUGUUCUCGCUCUGCACGGAGCUGCCGCCUGGUGCAGUUUCAUCCGUGGCUGAGCAAGGUGGGCGCUGCGUCUCCCUUGCUGGCCCCUGUGUCCCCACGGCGUCCUCUCCAGGGCAGCCGUGCUGCACAGCUGGCCCCCGCAAUGCCACUGCUGAACCCCGCCCUCUGGCCAGAGCAGAGCGGCCCCUUCUGCGCCUGACGAGUCCGUCGCCAGAGUCUCUGGGUUCCAGGCCUCUGGAGUCCCCGCCUUCCCCGUCCCUGCACAGGCCCCGACACUGUGCGUUUCCGGGAAG